GCCAGCGGGUAGGGUCAGGUGUUAGUCCUGCAGCUCACCGCCUGAUCUGUGUCUGUGCUCCUGCAGCUCCAAGGAGGAAUGGAUGUGAAAUUUGUCACUCUUUUGGUUGUUCUAGCAGUCACGGUUAGUCAGACGUCUGAGACUUUGUUUCCUGGGGCCUUUGACUGUUGCACGAAAAUUUCAGAUGAAAUUCCGAAAGGAAUUCUCAGAAGAGUGGAGAGGUUUGAAAUCCAGAAAGCUGAUGGCCUGUGUCACCUAGAGGCUGUUAUUCUCCACAUAAAAGGCAAAAAGUUCUGUGUGAAUCCAUGGAAUAGAAAAGUCAAAAAAAUGAUGAAGAAGAUGAAGCACAAGAUUCACAGGAUCAAAUCUCAUUUUAGAAAGCAGAGAAGAAUCAGAAUUACCAAACAGAAAGAACGGAAACAGUAGCAAGAUGAAGCAAGCCCCAUGAUGAAGAUACUGUGGCAUAGGGCACCGCAAGCAAGGAUACCAUAUUUUACCAGUGAUGGAUGAUUGUUGCAUUAAAAUAACUUUUCAAAUCUCUAUGUGCCAGAGAAAGCAGAGGCAGAAAACAUCACCUGUACUCAGAACGAUGCUGAUCAGAUUAUCAGACAAAUGACAAGGUGUUCCUGGUAAUGUCUUGUAGCAAGUGCUCACUGUACCUCCUGGAUCUUUUGGCAGACUUAAAUCUUCCUCUUUCUCACCCUGCCUUCAUCGCAACCUCCCCUGUGAUUUCUGUUUUAACAUACUGUUCCUUCACAUUCCUCCAUUUGUUUCCAGUCCUAUCCUUGGUCCUUAUUCUUCCCUGUCUGCAAUCAUCUUCAUGCUGUUGCCUGUUUCGUUUAUAUUCUUCCAGUCAUUAAUCUUUCUUUUUUCUUCAUCUUACCUAGUUUUACAAACACAAUUUCAGACAGUUACAGUUUAAGUUUGCCAAAAACAUGUCUUUUACCUAUUCCAAACAAUCUCUGCUCCCAGCUGUUACUAUUAUGAAAUGUAAUUUCAGUGAUAAUAUCCAAGCCUGUCCAUAGGACUCAAAGUGUGGCAUUCAGAGCUAUGCAAUAAAGAUCAUCCUACUGCUUUU